ACCUACUGUAGCACUUACAGGCAGAACCAACCCGACGCGACGGCCUGGCACCCCGGAACAAACUCAUCGGCGCGAUUUCCAAUGUGAUACCGGUGCAUCAUCACCCUCAAUCCUCAUGGCGUCGGCGGAUCUCGCAGUCGCGAAAGCUUCCUUGUCGGCGACGCUCUUUCGCGCAGACCCGACAUCAUGCUCCCGCGAUGACAUUGACCACUUCUUCUCCCUGCUGAGCUCAGCCGUCACCCAGUGCUCCCCAGCCAACGUCCAGAAAUGCAAGAAAUGGAUCCUCGGCAACCUUGUUCAGUCGUCCAGCCGUACUGCAGGUUUCGGCAAAUACCUCGCCGCCCUUUCCAGGUCCCUUACAUCUGACAAGGCAAAACCCCCGCAGCACCGCGAGCCGUCGGCGAAGCGGAAGCGCCUUCAUAUCCUCUACAUCUUGAACGAUGUGUUCUAUCAUGUGAAGUUUCGAGGCCCUGGCGACGGACUCCCCAAGAUACUGGAGCCAUUUCUAGCUCCCAUGGUUGGGGCUGCGUCGGAUUUCUCGAAUUGCCCGAAACAUAUCAAGAAAAUACACGACCUUAUCGGACUAUGGGAGGAGAAGGGCUACUUCGCUGGGGAGGUCAUUCCAACACUUCGGGCGGCCGUCGAGCAAGGUCCGUCGACCAACGGCUCAGUUGGGAAUGGAUCUCGAGAGUUGGGCCCGGAUUCUUUGACCACCAAGGUCGUGAAGGAACCUCCAUUCAUCAUGCCGGCAAUACAUGGAGACCCAACAACACCUUGGUACGACUUGCCUGCGGGAAACUGGCUGACAGCCUUGGAACCUAAUUCGACUCGACCAAUGAACCCAUCUAUGAUCAAACCACUCCAGCUGGCUGCUGGACCUGCAAAUAAGACACUCGUCGAGGCUGUAAAGAACCUCCUGGUCGACGUGGACAAGUUAUAUGCAACGGAUGUCAGCCAGAUGAAUGAAGCCUCCUUUGACAUAGAUCAAAUGGGUGAGCAUAUUGAAAUAGAUGAAGUCAAAGGUGAUGUUAUCGGCGGAGACACCUAUUACGGCUGGUCGAGAGCCUUCUGCGAGAAGAUGAAGGCUCGCCGCAAGAAGCGAGAUGGCCCAGACUCUGAGAGCCAGCGACAUCGCGGACGGUCAUCGCAGUCAUCAAACCACUCGAGAAGUCGAUCACGAAGUCCUGGUCGGAGCAGAAGCUCAUCCCGUGUUGCCAUGAAGAGGAGGCGCAUAUCGAAAUCGCCUGAAAGGAGAGGCUGCAACCGGAGUCGGAGCCGGGGUUCCAGUAAGGGUUCCUAUAAGCGUCGCUCAUGGUCCAGGUCGCGAAGCAGCUCGAGCUCGAGAUCUCCCACCCGGCCAUCUGCCGAACAGCACGCCAGCCGUGGACGAUCGCCGUCUCCACGCUACUCGCCCCCCCCCGCCGCGCCGGCACACCAGAACGGAAAUGGCACCCGGUUUGCCCCUUUCAACGAGCUGCGCCCACCGCCGUUCAACCAGAACCCAUACCCGAUACCGCCGCCGAUGGGUCCUGUGCCUACAAUACCUCCUCCCCACCCCGGCUUCGGUGGCUUCCAACCCCUCGUUCCACCACCCCCUCCUCCUAACUAUCAGGGCCAAUGGCCGCCGCCGCCGCCCCCUCCGCCACCGAUGGGCGGUGUCCCGCAAAACUUCUUUCCUGGCCCCAGUACAGCCCGGUUCGUCGGAGGCUGGGCACCACCACCCCCGCCGCCGCCGCCACCGCCACAGCAUCAUCCCCAACAGCAUCCCCAUAAUCAGUACCAGUAUGGCGGCUCGGGGAAUGGCAACUUCCGAGGAGGUGGUCGGGGCGGCUACGGUCGUGGUGGUUGAUGCCGUGUUUGGCUUACCACGCAUUUGGAUGCGUUGAGGUGGAAAAGUUAGCUAUGCUGCAGGGAGCUGACUUUGUGCGGGAGACCCAAGGUGGUUUUGACGAAGAUAGGUCUUAGACGGCAAGGAAACUUAUACCAACUGUUUAUAAAUCACGAGAGAUAGCCCGGCAGCAGCGACGCAUAUCAAUUGCGGUUCUUGUCCUACCUAGAUAGAACUUGCAGAGAACCUCAUUUGAUGCCUAUCCCCCACCUCUCAAUCCCUUCUCGGAUCAUGUUGAUGUUGAGAAUGCGCCGGUUAAGGAAAGGGAAGUUAUGAAGAAAGCAAAAAAAAAUAAAAACCCGG